AUGAUGGGUACUGAAGCAGAGACAACGGGACGGUGGGCCCCUCAUCAGCCGGUGUUGCUGCUGCUGCACCAUCUCCAGCCACCCCUAGAAUGGCAGCGAGCGGCUGCAGUCUUAAGGGCCUCUCUUGGUCCUGCUGCAGGGGGGUCCCCAGGGGAAGGGGGAGGUUCCCCUGCAGCAGCAGCAGCACCAAACCCCUUCAGUGCAGCGAGGCUGCAGAAGCUACUGAGAGAUAUACAAGAGGCAAUACACCAGGGGUACCUCGAGCGCAUCUCUUUGCUGCACCAGGGAGCCCUCACAACCCAGACAGCGGCAAGCCAACAGCAGGAACUGCAGCCACAGCAGCAACUGCAGCAGCAGCAGUUGCACCUACCACCGCCGCCUCGCCUCAGUCCGAGGGCCUACUACAACGUAGAGAGGCUGUUUGCUGAUGUGCCUGCAGCAGCAACAAACCCCUUCUUCUCCAGCGCUCUCCCCUUGCUGUUGAAGGCAGUGCUGGCUGUCGACCAGAUAUUCCCUAGGUGUACGUACACCUCAAAAUCAGCAGCCACAGCAGCCGCAACAGCAGCAACACCAGCAGCAACGGACACCCCAUCAGAGGGGACAAGGUUGCGUCCUUGCCUGUGUGGGUCUUGUCGCUUGAGGCUGCAGCUCUACAAGCACUGCAGCAGCGGCGCCUGCAGCAGCAGGAUCAGUAGGGUCAGCCGCAGCAGUUGCAGCAGGAGUGUCGGGGAGCAGCACGUGAGCAGCUCAGCAGCAGAGUUAAGCGCAGGCGAAGGCUGGGUGUUGUUUGGCUUGGGAUUUCUGGGUUUGCUGCCGCUGCCGCAAUGGCAGCAAUCUGCUGCAGGCCUUCCUAAUCUAGGGGAUAUAUCAUUCGCCGAUUUCUACGACUUAACAACUGCAAAAGGGGCCCCCAGGGCCCCCAAGGGGAGCCCUUUUGGGGUACUGCGACUUGUAGACGGUUCUUUGAGCCGUGUGUCUGCGUUGCUGCUGCUGUUGCUAUUGCUGCUGUUGCUGUUGCUGCUGUUCCUUUCUGCUGCAGCUCAGAACCAGGCUGCCAAAUUGCACUGCUUCGUUAGAGACAGCAGAGAGGAAGAGACAGCCGCUAAGCUGUCCCUGCUACUAGAAGAAGAAAUACAGGCAUUUGUGUCCGAAGAUACUGCUGCUGCUGUUGCUGCUGCGCGUACCGCUGCUACUGCUGCUGCUGCCACUGGUGCUGAGUUAGGUAGUGCUGCAGCAGACCCAGCAGUGCUACGAACACCUCGUGCAACAGCCGAAACUCUGCAGCAGAAGCAGCAACCUGGAGCGAGCAGCAGCAGAAGCAGCGCGAUAGAAGCCGAGCCCUGCUGCUGCAGCGCGGAGACAGUAGCACUGCAGCAGCAGCAGCGGCUGCUGGUUCCUCAGAUUGUUGCAACGGCAACAAAUGGAGGCGGCAUCCCCGCCAGCGGUGACGUCGAUGUCCGCGCGGACUUCGCAAACAAAAUCAUUGGAGGAGGCAUUCUAUACCACGGGGCGCUGCAAGAAGAAAUAUUUUUUUCUGUCUGCCCCGAGCUGCUGCUGUUGCGGCCUCUAUCGCAGCAUCUGCGUCGAGGCGAAGCAGCGCAUGCAUUUGGUUGUCUCCGAUUCUCCGAUUACAGAGGAUAUGCUGCCACCUUCAGGUGUCUCCUCAACAAACGAACCAGCAGCAGCAGCAGAAGCAGCAGCACAAGCCGCAGCAAGAGCAGCAGGGGACCUCUAACUGGACAGCAGCAGCAGGAACAGACAGGUGGAGACACAGCAGCAGCAGCAACAGCACCAGCGGGAACUGCUGGGAGAGUGGAACUGGCUACGGGCCCUGCAGCUGCAAGGGGCCGUUUGCUGCUGUCUCUCGAUUCAGAGGAGACAGCGGCAGCAGCAGCAGAAGCAGCAGCAACAGCAGCAGAAGCAGUAGCAGCAGCAAAUGAGUGGGAGGGGAUAGAAGGCGUGGAAGCCCUAGACUCGACCCCGCUGCUGCUGCAGUGGCUGCUGCCAGCGCAUGCAUACCGGUGCAGCAGCCAGCAGCAUAACUCCCAACAUCCACACGUACAUACAAAACCGGAAUCAGAAACAAAGAUAGAGACGGAGACAGUGACAACAGCAGUAGCAGCAUCAACAGCAACAACAUCAGCAGCAAGACAGCAACAAGGGCAUCCUCGCCUGGAUCGUCCACUGCUGCGGGUGCAGUGCGCCUCUCUGGUAGCUGUUUUCGAUGCUGCCCGUUUUGGGGCUUCCCGAUCUGCACAAGCAGAAGCAGCAGCAGAUGCAGCAGCAGCAGCAGAGGAUAUGCCUGAUGUUGCUAACAGCACGCAAGCAGCAGCAAAAGAAGUGCUGCCGCGAGUGCAGCAGUUUUCCGUCCCCCUAAUGCUAAGAGAAAUACAAAAAGUCUCCGCUGCGCUCCACCUUCCCGUUGAAUACCACAUCACAUACAACAGCCACACUGCAGCAGGAGCGGAUGCAACAGAAGCUGCUGCAGCAGGAGCUGCAGUAGCAGGAAGUGCAGCAGCAGGAAGAAAAUUGGCGCACUUACGUCCCUUCACCACAGGCAAUUGGGGUUGUGGUUUUUUUGGUGGCGAUCCUCAGUUGAAGUUUGUGUUGCAGUGGUUAGCCUGCAGCCUCGCGGGUCGAUGCAUGCAGUACUUCGCUUGGGGUCUACCGCAACUGCUGCGGGGGAAUUUGCUGCAGCAAAUGGUAGCAGCAAUUGUACAAAAAGCCAGAUGGGAUUGCGCUGCACUCUGGAAUGUACUUGUUGAGUGGAAGAGACAAAACGUGAAGCGCGGCUGA